CACUGGACAACACAGAUAUCAAAGUUGAAAUGGCUGAAGAGGAGCUGUUGGAGCCUCUUGUCAUCAUUGAAGAUGGAGAUUUGGUAGAAAGUAUUACUGAAAUUAGGGCGCCAAGCGGUGCAGAUGUCACUGUACAAAGCUGUAGCGAGGAGUUUGCUAUCAAAAAGGAAGAGGAGCACACAGAAGAGGAAAACAGUCAACAAGAAAUAGCGGGUGAAAGAAAUUUAGAAGAGCAAAGCCUGGAGAAACAGCAGAUAAACAGAGACGAAGACAAACCAGAGAUAACAGAAAGCACAAAUGAUGGACUCAAAGGAAAUGACAGUAAAAGUGAAGGGCAGCCGGAUGAAGUGCUUAAAGAAAAAACUGAAAAACCCUGUAGCACAGAGGAUGAAAAGGCCACACAGAAUGACCCUGAGGCAGACACAAACAAGCUAAAUUCAUCUGAGCUACAACCCGAGGCGGGACCGGACCACAAAGAGGAUCUCAAAAAGGCUCACCGGUUAACCCCUGACUUCCCCGAGGCGCUGUAUGACCUGCUUUGCACCUUUCAGGAGGGCAGACGGCUCAAUGACCAGCGCUGCUCCUUCAGGCUGGAGAGUGGGGUCAGGCGGAGGAGGUGCCACUCUGAGCCCAACACCUCCAAACCAGUUAACAGAGUCGUCUUUUCCUCCAUGACUUCACUGCAGAAAGAGGAGUUUUUUGACCUGGUGGCCACUGCACAAGGACGGCGGCUCGAGGACCAGAGGGCACAGCUGGGAAGGUCUUCGCCGCCAAAAACAAAGACCAGAAGUGUCAGAGGGAGCAUAAGACAACUGUCCCUGUCUGUGAAAAAGCCUGCACCAGUUCCUGCGCCCAAAGAUGAUCUGUACAAUAUGAUUCUAACCACACAAGCUCAGGGCAGGCUAGAGGACCAGCGCAGCAGGGCUCCGGGUCCCAUGGAUGAUGAGGACUUCUUCUCCCUCCUCCUGAGGGUCCAGGGGGGACGCAUGGAUGAGCAGAGGACCGAACUACCACGCUUGCUGCAAACCUGAGAUGGAAUAAAACCCAAAAGGGUGUGCCAACUGCCAAUGUAGCCUCCCUGCUUAAGUUUCUAUUUAAAGAGGACUUUUUUUAACCCCAAAAUGCUUUGUUUUGGAGGGUGGGGUGGAAUUGCUGUAUCUCCUAAUAGUGUUAAAGUUGUCAAAAUUGGAGCAAAAACGCUAAUGUUUGAGCAACAGUGCUGUUAAUGUAAAUUAGGAGAGUUCAUGAUCAGAAGUUUACUUUUAGUUAAUUUUUUCCAGUAACCAGGAUCAGUAGAUAUGUGCUUUCUCUGGAAUUAUUCCAUUGUAUUGAAUGUCUGCAAUGAGCUCUUGAAUGGUUGCUGUGUGUGUGCGCGUGUCCUAAUUGUAGAGGAGGCAGUCUGCUGAAUUCUAUUGUUGUCAUUAUUUGUACAGAUCUAACGUAGCACAACAGAAAUAAUAGUGAGCUCCAAGUUCAGGAAGUGCUGGGACUAGUUCUCCAAAAUAAAUCAAAUGCAU